CCGAGCGCCACAUCGCCGCAUAAAUCCUGCUGCGAGAGCUUGUCAAAGCGAGCGAAACAUAGCGACAGUCAUCCGGCUAGUCAGCUAUUGCAGCAAUUGCAGCAGCAAUCCGAGCCAAGAGCACUAGGCCUUCACCAGGACGACGGUGGCGGGCGCAUGGAUACAACAAGUGGUACGAGGUCCGCCACUGGCCAACCUCCUCACUCGAGCAGCGUUCUCAUGAAUCUUCUCGUUUCCGGCUGCGAUAUGCAGGCUAUUCAAGAGGAGCUCCAAUGUACUAACUCGAGUGUGUUGACGGCUGGUUCGAAACAACGGCAGCAACAUAAAAUAUCGGAAUUGCACAUACAAAACGAGGAUCAAGUACAGACAGUGCCACAGUGGACAAAUAGUUUGAAUAGUGACAGUAUGUCCAGCAUUAACAGCUGUAGUCCUAUUCACAAUAAGCAAACAAAUUACGAUCCGCUAAGCUAUGAUAACGAGCUAAAUUUUAUCAAUAGUACCGAUAUGUUGCAAGAUAACGAGCUUUUUAGUGCACUUGAUUCAACUCUGCUCUGAGCUCACAAAUCGCGAGACAAACUUUGAUUUUUUUUCUUUAUUUAUUUUUUUUUAUAUUUGUCUCAUGCAUUUGGUUUUAUUUUUGUUGUUAGAAUUUAUACAAUUACAGAUAUAUACAUAAACAUAUACAUAAUUAUAUAUAACUUGUCUUAUAAGACGUCCGGGGCCUUUUAACAUAUAGUUUGUUGUAGAAAUAAGCGCCAUAAUUAUUCAACAUUACAAGAAUGGACAAUGACGUAGCACGAACCAUACAAUAGAUCAAUUUUUUUUGCUACUAUUUCUUGCUCAGUCAGCUUCCGAAAACUCGUUUACGUCUCUCUUAUGUGCAUCGUUAUUAGAGAUUCAUUUCAAUGCAAUUGCUUUUUCCAUUUCACUUACUUUUAUGACGAUUUAUUAUUUUCUUCUUACUGUCAUUUUUUCGAGGCCCUUGUAAAAACGAAUGUUUUAUAUUGUACUGGUGCUGGUAUAAUUAUGGUUUAAAUGUAAACAAUAAAUUUGAUAAAAUAACUAAUAUGAUGAUGAUUAUUAUGUGUAUACUCUUGAACUUUAAGAAUCUCUGAGUAUUCAAUGAUUAAAAAUUAUAACUAAUGACUACUCGAGAUAUCAUAAUGUGACUUUUAUAAUUUUAAUUUUUUACGAAAAUUACAAAUUUUUCACAAAUUUUUUUACAAAAUUGUAAUUAUAUGUAUGAUGCGUUUCAUGAUUUUAAUCCAACAAAUCCUCAAGAGAACUUGUAACUACACAUCUUUGUUUUUAUAAUGCUCUGUAACUAUGAUGAUUGAUGAUCAGUACAAGUGUUAACUGAAUGAUUGUAUAAUUGUUGGUUAUAAACAAAGAAAAUUGUACAGCAAAAAAAUAACCGUUGACAAAACGAGUGAAAGAUUAGUUGAAUCAUAACAAUCGAACGAUAAGAUGAUUUUGAAAUAACUACCGUCAGAAUGCACUACUUAAGUAGGACCGUGUGAUCAUACAAAAAAAUGGGGUGGUGACGAUGUCAUUUUUAAAAAUCUCAACAAUAAAAAAAAAUAAUAAAUGAAAAAAAAAUUGUAGCCUAAGUGACACAUCACAGCACGAGAUAUAGUCGUGCGCGAAAAGCACUUGUAAUGUGUCCCAAAAAGUAAUACUGUAAAGAUUAUUAUAAUACUAAAAAAUUUAUUAUAUUUACAUUUGGUCAAAUAAAAAGGACAUUCUUCAGUUUUCCUUCUUGCUCAACGACUUUCCACAAAUAGCAUAUAUUGUAGCUGCAUUUCUUCAAAUUUUAUAUGUUGUUUGCAGAUAAACAAUAUAAGCCAUUCGUGUAAUCAGUCGAAGAAUGAAUCACGAAAAAGUGUAUCAAGACAAUCUAAAAGACUGUUAUUUAAAUUCUUUUAUUAUAAUUAUUUUAUAUUUUCUUGUAUUUUAUACAAUUACAUAGAUUUACAAAGCUAAAAUAUACUCUUUAUAUAAUACAAUUAUACGAUCACGGAAUUAGCGUUUGUCAUUCAUAUUUAACCACAGUAGGCAUACGAGAAUAACAGUCAUAAAUAUUGCUAUAUGUUGCUCGAUUUUUAAGAAAAGAACAACUAUAUAGCUAAACAGUUUGUUACUUUUCCGGUUUGGUAGGUUUUUCAAUCUUUUUAGUUAGUCGUGUUGACAGCUUGUUACUGAUAUGAUAUGAUGUAACCUGUUUUAAAUUUUCUAAAUAAAGAUACUGUCCUUGUUCCUUUUUAUAAUAAAUAGUUUUGUUUGUUAUUGCGUGAGUUUGUGAGUUAAAUUCAUUUUUUGGGUUCGUCUGAAGAGUAUUAAAAUGUCAUGGAAACAUUUUGCACAAGUCUGGAAAAAUACCACGUACUAACUCACGUCCCAUGUCAGACAAAAACAAGUUCACAGGUCUAGGUGGCUGCUGGUACGGCUAGCAGUGAAAUGGCUUUACAACGCAAUAACAACAAAUGCAAACUAAUAAGAAUAUAGAAAAUGCAGGUACUGUUAUUUAAGCACCUAAUGAAGCGAUUUUUGUGGAUUUAAGUUCGCUUUAUUAUUCGUGUUUAGUAUUUGGCGCACGCUCGACAGUUAACAGACGCGCGAUGGCUGAUAACUAGAUGAAGAUAAGUGACGUAUCCGCGAAACUUACUAAAAAUUAAUCUGUUGUUCUAUGAAGUACUGUUGGCAUUCAAUGCGGCGCAGAAUCAACUCAAUGAUGUUUAACGGCAUGCUAGGGGAUGUACGAGCCAAACGUGAACUUGAACGGUGGCGUCGACAAAAAUUAUAGAUCAGGUAACACUUGAAUAUCGAAUUUUCAACGAAUCAUCCAGCGACUACAAACGGAACAAGUUUCCCUUCGGAAACAACUAGCUUAGUUUCCCCAAUAAUUACACUGACAACAAAUAUAGUCACACCUAUUGAAUAUUACAUAAUAAAUUAAAACCUGGCACAUAUGAUGGCAUCAUUCGUUUAUAUUAUAGUACUUUAAGCAAUUUAAAUUGAUAGCAAAGCAAAUAAGUGAAGUAACAAAAAAGAUUGCAUUUGCUACUUGUUUAUGCGGUAAAACUAAAUAGUUUGAAAAAAAGCUAGAGAUUUUAGAUUUAUAGGGACUUUAUCGAAAAAUUUGGAGAUAUGUUUUGGAAAAGAUACAGAGUCAAAUAGUUACUCCUUAUUUGAAAAUAGACAUGAGGAGCUUGGCGAGAAUCUCCUAAUAACGUUAGCAGCUAAUGUAGAAAAAUUAGAAAAUGAUUAUGAUGAUGUUAGUAUAUAACUAACAAAUAGAUGCUUAUCACAACAGGUAAAUCGUUCUUUCUACUCAGUUAUUUUAAUUCAUAGUUUUUCUUAUUAUUAACUUUAUAAUGACCAAUCAAAGGGCGAAUCGAUCACAUCUAUACAAUAUAUAAUUCAACAGUUGGUUGUCAUAAUAAAAUGUAACCAUGGGUACGACAGUUAUACACGCAUACAACGUUCUUUUUUGUGCCACAAAAAAAUAGCAUGGCAUCAAUAAUCCGAUGCUACGGUCGUCAAUAAAAAAGUGCUUGUACGUAUCACUUGUGCCAGAUUGACUAUUGCGUAGGCGUUUGGUCGUAUCUGAGUUUAUUUAUUUACUAUGUUUCUGUCACGCACUGUAAGACCGAUGUCGGCAGUAAUCAAAACAUGGCAGUAGCAUGCGUUCAAAAAUUAUAAAAUAAAUUGGAGAUGUGUUUUGAGGUCUCCGAAAUCUCGCGCCCUCGUGUUUGUUCCCGUCUCGAUAAUGCUUGUGGCUCGAUACUCGAGUCUCGCGUCGAAAGCAUUUCCAAAAUGUUCGUGCGAAAAUUUGUGUUUAUAAAUAUGCAAAUCAAGCUGUUGCGCAUACUUAGACGCGCGACUGCGCGCAGAAAUGUGCGUUUGCUUUUCUACGAUACACGUGAAAAUCUGCGCGUCAAUGUUCAGGCUUUUUCGGUGCGCCAAGUUGUCGUACAGCGUGAACUCGAGCCAA